ACAAUGAACGUUUUCGAAAAAUGAAUGAAGCUCUCCUUGUACAUGUACUUGUGAUGUUGAAGUCGUGUUGCAGUUAAUUUUAGGUUUUCAAUUUUGGACUUCAUCUGUGUCUUUGAGGCUACAACGUAGAAAAAGAACUUGUCCGUGCUGGUUGGGGUAUAGUUGUAGUUGUUCUUCCUGUCAUGUCGUCCCUCGACUCGCAAAUGGAAAGUGUGGUGAGUAGAGCGCGAGAGGCGUUUAACACUGGAAAACUCCAUACAUACGAGCAGCGCAUGCAGUACCUGAAAAGCAUCGAUACGUUCCUCGUUGAGCAGGAGCAAGCUAUUGUGGACGCGCUGCACGCAGACCUGGGAAAGCCCACUACAGAAUCACUUCUGUGGGAAGUGCAAAUCUGCCGGUCAGAAAUUGCUCUAGCUCAGAAUAACUUACGCUCGUGGAUGGCUACCAAGCCUGCUUCAAGGACUUUUGUUUACCAUCUUGCUGGCGACUCUGCUGGCCUUAAACCCGAGCCGUAUGGCGUUGUCACUGUCAUUGCUCCCUGGAAUUAUCCUAUCUACUUAACGCUGAUGCCUGUCGUCGGUGCUAUUGCCGCUGGUAACUGCGUUGUUAUCAAGCCAUCCGAGGUGUCAGAAAAUUGUUCGAACCUUUACCGGGAUGUCUUUACCAAGUACCUACCUCAGGACUGUUUCCCGGUUGUAACUGGUGGCAUUCCGGAGACCACUGCUUUGUUGCGCCAGCGCGUCGACUACAUCUUCUACACCGGAAGCACGUUUGUCGGUCGUGUGGUCAUGAAAGCGGCAGCUGAGCAUCUGACUCCAGUUACCCUGGAGCUCGGUGGUAAAUGCCCUGUCUAUUUGGAUGAGCGCUCCGACAUUGAGAUGAUGGCGGACAGAGUAGUUUCAGCAAAGUGUAUGAAUGCCGGCCAGAUCUGUGUGUGCAUUGAUUACAUCUUGUGUACUCGCGAGGUUCAGGACCGACUCAUUGCCGCCAUGAAGAAAGCAUUACAUAAAUUCUUUGGUGACAACAUGCAGAAAUCAAGCUGUUACGGCCGUAUUGUCAACGACAGACAUUUCCAGCGCUUGACCAGCAUGCUUGAUAGCAGUAAUGGCACAGUGGCCAUUGACAUGGGGUCAGACCGAGCUGACCGCUUCAUGGGUCUGAAGGUUCUGUCCGAUGUUUCCGCAGAUGAUUCCGUCAUGAAGGAUGAGAUCUUCGGGCCAAUCCUACCCAUCGUGCCUAUCAGAGAUGCGGACGAGGCCAUCCAGUUCAUCAGGUCCAAGGAGAAGCCACUCGCAGCGUAUGUAUAUUCUCCGGACACCGCCACUGUGGAGAAGUUUGCAGAAUUCACUUCAUCCGGUGCUCUUGUUGCCAACGAUGCAAUGGCACAUUUGCCACUGGCAUCACUGCCGUUCGGUGGUGUUGGUCAAAGUGGCAUCGGUUCCUAUCAUGGCAAGGCCUCGUUCGACACGUUCUCGCACCACAAGUCCAUCCUCGUCCGCCACCAGAACAUGGAGUUUCUGAACAAGCUCCUGCGCUACCCGCCAUACUCGGAUGCUGGUAGCAAUCUUCUGCGCCACUCCUUGUACCGGACGCCUGACGAGGGCAUUCUGCUCUACUUGAAAGCGCUGGUGAUGGCAACGCUGGCACUGCUGGGCUUGACGGCCACCACCUUCCGCUCCCGGCACUGAUGUGGCUUUGAAAUGCUUUCCAAGUGCCUCAUCCUCACCGAUACGAAGCGGCUUAUGGGAGUUGCUGAGUGUCACUGAGUGUCUUCACGAAAAAUCGCUUUAUUUCCACCAUACUGCUUUGAUUCAUACCGUAUGUAUCCAUGCAUGCACAUGUUUGUGCUCACGUCGAGGCAUGCACGCGUUCCAGUGCACGUUUGUGUGUGUGCGUGUGUGUGCGUGCGUGUUUACGCAUGUGUGUGUGUGUGUGCGCGCGCGCGCGCACACGCACGUGCGCAGGGCUGGACCAUCAUCUUAGAGACAUGCGUUUUCUGGAUUAUGUCUGCCUUCCCCCGUGCACACAUGUGCCACAGCUGGCUUUAUCUAGGAACUCUAGAAAGUAUGAUAUCUGCAACCCUGGGGGGUUAAUAUUUCCAUAGACCGUUUCCUGGUUUGAUGAUAUUAUUAUAUUAUUUGCAGGCAAUUACGCUUCACUAUGAUGGCGUUUGCCAGGCCAAUCUCAAUUUUCUCAAUUUCCUUCAUGAUUAUUCCCAGUGCUGCUUUGAUCACACCCAGUUAUAUAUUAUUUCACCCGGCUGGUCUCAUCCGGUUCUCUCUAUACCAGCCCUAUCCGCUAUAUUCUAUAUUCUGGUUUUAUUUCUAGAGCAUCCACAAGGUCGAGGAAGUUGAUACGGGAAAUUCCGCUUUCUUUUAUUUCCACCACUCCAUCUUUCAUGCUUGAUAUUUGAAGCAACGACUGACAAUG